AUGCCUGUGAAUGGUGUCGAUCAAGAAUUGGACAUACUCGAUUCGGACUGUUAUGACCCCAUAGAGCACCUUAACUUGAUAUUUUCACACCCUUCAACCCUUUCUUCUGUUACUCCGACAUAUCAAGCCCUCCGGGCUUACCAAGAUGAUUUGGACUAUGAAAUCGAUAUCCUCGAAGAGCAGCAAGUGCGCUCCAACGCUGAGUGCCUGCAGAGAAUGGAGUCCUCCAAAGCUGAGUUGUCGGAACUCUUUCGGCGCAUCGAGAAUGUUCGUGAACGGGCUAUUCAGACAGAACGAAAUAUCACCGAGAUGACAGCCGAUAUCAAACAGCUGGAUAAUACCAAGAAGAACCUAACUCUCUCCAUGACGGCUUUGAAGAGAUUGCAGAUGUUGACUACCGCGUAUGAACAGCUGAAAGCAUUGAGCAAGACUAGGCAGUACCGAGAAUGCGCUCAGCUUCUGCAGGCAGUAAUUCAACUGAUGGCCCACUUUAAGUCAUACCGAUCUAUAGACCAGAUUGCAACCCUGAGCAGGAACGUGUCUGAGCUGCAGCGAGAGCUUCUAGAACAAGUCUGUGAGGAUUUCGAAAUCACAUUCACCAAAGAGGAGAUUGCUCAGAAACGGGGGCUGCUUCACGAGUCUUGUCUAGUUGUGGAUGCCCUAGGGGACGCCGCUCGGUCGAGGCUAACGACUUGGUAUUGCAACACACAACUGCGACAGUAUCGCCAUAUUUUCAAAGGCGACCAAGAAGCCGGCUCACUCGACAACAUCGAUCGGAGAUACUCCUGGUUCAAGAAGACAUUAAAAAUCUAUGAUGAAGAACAUGCUGCCAUAUUUCCGUCCCACUGGCGAGUUAACGAAAUCCUCGCCAACGUGUUUGCUGAUGGUACUCGAGAUGAUUACAGAGGCAUUCUUUCAAGAACGACUCGAAAUGGUCAGACCAUAGAUGUACGAUUAUUGUUAUCUUGCCUCCAGCAAACAUUGGACUUUGAGCACAGCCUCGAGAAGAAAUUCUCCAGCACUUCUAGAGCAUCGAUAGAUACGACGGCAUCCUCUAACGAUAGUCCUGUCUUUGGACAACCGAUAUCUGAUGCCUUUGAGCCUUACUUAAGCCUUUGGGUCGAGGCACAGGACAAAGAGCUCGCAGCUCUAAUACCUCAAUACAAAGCAAGACCAACAAAGCCUGCAGAUGAGGACUUUUCUUCUCAACAAGUGAUAGCUUCAUCCACCGAGCUUUUCAAUUUUUACCGCCUGUCAUUGACACAGUGUGCCAAAUUAUCGACAGGCCAGCCUUUGCUUGAUCUUUCUAAGGUCUUUGCUCGGUAUCUAGACCAAUAUGCACAGCAAGUAUUAUUAUUUAAUCUCUCAGAAACCCCUUCAGGAGGAGCUCCCUCCCGAUUACCGAGCGUUGAAGACGUCAUUCUAGUUCUUAACACUGCAGAUUAUUGCUUUAACACCUCGAAUUCUUUGGAGGAGAAAGUCAAAAGCCGAAUAGAGGAGAGUUUGAAAGAUCAGGUUGAUCUCCAAAGUCAGGCGGACGCGUUCAUGGGCAUUGCUAGUGCAGCAGUCCGCGCUUUAGUUCGACGAGUCGAAGUUGAUCUAGAACCUAGCUGGAGGGAAAUGCGAAAUACUCCAUGGUCGAAAAUCGAAAGUUGCGAAAAUCAAAGUCCGUUCAUCACAGGACUUCAGACUCGUAUCAAGGACCGCUCAUUAGAAAUUCUUGAAAUGGUGCACAAACAGCAAUAUGCGCGUGCUUUCAGCGAUAAUCUUGUCGAGCUUCUCGGAUCGGCAUACAUUUCCAACGUUGCUCAAUGCAGGCCAAUCUCAGAAGGAGGGGCUGAGCAAAUGAUUCUCGAUACCCACGAGAUCCGGAAAACCCUAACACAUCUGCUCCCGGGCGCACCACCUCCACUGUUCUUGAAGCGAGUGAAUGCUGUAUUCAACAGAAUUGUGCCUUUAUUAAAGACCCUUCAAAUCCGACCCUCUCCUCCGGAAGCUCUUGUACAGGCAUACCUCAUUCACAUAGCCGACCUAUCAGAAGUCAACUUCCGCAAAAUCUUGGAUCUCAAAGGCAUCAAGUCCAAAUCAGAACAGACACAUUUGGUAGAGUUGUUCCAAAUGCAUAAGUUCAGUCCACGAUACAAGGACUCACUCGUCGAAAAAUCCCCGCUUCUCUCUUCCCUAAAUCUGGGUGCCUCAGGGUCUGGUGCUGGAGGGCAAACAUCGGCCCCGACAGGGGCACUGCACAAUCUAUCCGCGCUUGGAAAUUCCGCCGCUGCAUCUCUGAGCACGGCCAAUCUGCCGGCCAACAUGAAAUUUGACGCCUCAGGCUUAGGCACCGCAAUCAUAGACCGGUUCAGCAGUCCAAGUUUGGGCGGUCCGCGAGAUGGCGCACAGAGCCCUCCAGCAACUGCGACCGCAGGUCCCUUCGGUGCAGCCGCUCCAGGCAUCACAGUGGCUGCACCCUUAACAGGACCUGACGGUGGCUUCUCAGGCGCCGAAGCCGGCGCCAAGUUAAACGAGAACCUGAAAAACAUCGGCAAGUUCUUCAAGCGAGAUUUAGGCAGCUUUGGUGGGAUAGGUCGCUUUGGUGGAAGUAAGGCUACGAGUCCAGCGCCGCCGGAAGAUCGCAACGGCGGGCACUAG